AUGUCCUCGUUUGAUCAUAUCAUGACGACAAAUACAGCAAAUUUUUACUAUCAACAAUAUAAUCCUUCACAGUCAACGUUAUUACAGCCAUCAACUACAACAACAUCAUCGGCGGCAAUAACAACGAACAAUACGGAUUUGACCAAACUGGAUAAAGAUCUUAUAUAUAAUCAUCCACUCUUUCCACUUUUGGCGAUUAUAUUUGAUAAAUGUGAACUGGCAACAAACUCAUCACGAGAUGCAAAUAAUCCGAAUUAUGCUUGUUCAUUGACAUCAUUCAAUGAAGAUCUGAUGGAAUUCACCAAACAAUUAACCAAUGAUCAUCUACCAUGUCAUACGUCGAAUGCAGAAGUUGAUAAUCUAAUGGUUCAAGCAAUUCAAGUUCUAAGAUUUCACUUGCUAGAAUUGGAAAAAGUCCAUGAAUUAUGCGAUAACUUUUGCCAUCGGUAUAUUCAUUUAUUGAAAGGCAAAAUGCCAAUGGACAUCAUAAUGGAUGAUCGAGAUUUAAGUUUUUCGAAAUCGGAAGAUGAACAAAGUGAAAUGAGUAAUCAUGAUUAUGAUCAAGAUAUAAAACCGGUGCGUCCAUUGUCUCAAACAUCAACAAACGAUCAUAAUCAAACAAUAAAAUCCAACUCGGAUUCGUCCGAUUCACGAAGUCCUGUUCACCAUCCUCACCAACCACAAUUUCUAUCAUCGGUUCAUCCACCUAACAAUUAUAUGACAUCAUCAUCAUCGUCAUCAUCAUCAACAGCAACAGCAACGCCAACAGCAAUUCAAUAUUCUCAUCAAUCAAUUGAUGAAACAGAUAAAAGUAGUGAGAAUUUUGAAAGUUCAAUCGAAGGUGAUUAUUAUGAAGAAAACGAUGAUAAUAACAAACGUCGACAAAAAAAACGAGGCAUUUUUCCCAAAGCAGCAACAUCAUUGAUGCGUGCUUGGUUAUUUCAACACCUUAAUCAUCCGUAUCCAUCCGAGGAACAAAAGAAAAUUCUCGCUCGAGAAACGAAUUUAAACAUUCUACAAGUGAAUAAUUGGUUUAUUAAUGCUCGCCGAAGAAUCGUCCAGCCAAUGAUUGAUCAAUCCAAUCGAGCUGCAAUUACGCAUAAAGUAAUGGGAUCGGAUUAUAAUGACAUGAUGACGACAAAUCCUUAUCAUACGUUUGAUCCAAAUCGAACACCAUACGGUUUUCAACCAAAUCUUUAUGAUGAAAUGGCUGCUUCAUCCGUAUACUGUCCGCCGCCACCACCUUCGUACUCUGCGUGUCCAUCGAUGCAUCCGAACUCAUUUUUCGCUGCUGCUGCCGCUGCAGUCACUGCGGUUGGCACGAAUUCUGCAUCGCUACCACAUGGAAUAUCUCCCUCAUCUUCGUCGCCUUACCGUGGACAAGAAAGUGGAGAAUAG